AUGGAAAGUUGGGAACUCUUGCAAAUUAAGUUGUUCAACGAACCAACUUUCCCAUCAGAGCUAUGUGAAGUAGGAGAACAAAUUGCAAGAGAGUGUCAAGGAAUACCCCUCCCGGUGAUUUUGGCAGCUGGUGUUUUGACGAAAAAAGAGGAAAAAUUGCAGAAAGAUGAAGAAAUUCCAUUCUCGAACUUGGCGUGGUUAUGGACUGUUGAGGGAUUUGUUCUGAACACAGAGGCAAAGAGUAUAGAGCUUGUUGCAGAAAGUUUACUGAAUGAUCUCAUCGAUAGAAGCUUGAUAAUGGUCAACAAGAAAAGUGUUGGGUGUGCGAACAAACUCUUAGGAAUCAAAGGCAAUGUGGAAUCUAUGCCAUCAUGGAUAUCGAACCUUUCAAACCUAGAGGUAUUGCUUGUAACAACAGUAGGAAGUGGUACAAUAUUGCCGAUGUCCAUCUGGAAUAUGCCAAGGUUAAAACAUGUGCAUGUACAACCUGUUGCAUCUUUUGAUGAACGCAUUCCUCGCAAAUCGACAAACAUAUGUUGCAUAGAGACCUUGGCCAUAGUGUCUCUCACUAAUAAGCUAGCAGCCUUUAUGAUCAAGAAGGCAACCAAACUACGGAAGCUCAACUGCCACUGUAAAGAACCUCUCCAACUCAAAUUAGAUGCUCUUCAACUUGAAUCACUCAGUGUGAAUGGAAUGAUCUUGGAAUUCAGCUUGCCCUCGACGCUAACAAAUCUAACUCUAUCAGAUGUUUUGUUGCCACAAAGUGAAAUAUCUAAAAUCGGGAGAUUACCAAAUUUAGUGGUUCUCAAGUUGGAGCAUAGAACAUUUGAGGAGAAAAAUUGGGAUAUUGAAGAUGACGAGUUUCCGACCCUCAAGGAAAUCCCUUCUGCUAUUAGAGAAAAUUUAAACCUAAAGAUGAUUGAAGUGAAACGAUGUAGUGAGUCGCUUGAAAAGUCAGUCAAGGAAAUUAAGGAAGAGCAAGAAGGAUAUGGAAACGAAGAGCUCAAGGUAAGUGACUCAAGCUUAUUUGCAUUAUCUCCUCAGCUUGUACACUCAACAUCUAAGAAGUGCUUCUUUGCUGCGCAGAGGCAAAAAGCUGUGAUUGAAAGACGAUGGAGACAUCGAGCUUCUGCAUAG